CAAUUCUAAAUGAAAAUGAGGGGUGGGAAAUCUAAUUGCUAGAGGAAGAGGCAUCCAAAAUCACCUGUGUUCAGAUUCAAGCAAUGGAAAAACCAUCACAGUCACCACAGGACUCAUCUCAAGAUCACCAGAACUGGAUAACAGCGCAAGAUACUCUAAGGGAAAAGCUGAUAACAGAGGAUAGUUUCCCGUGGAAAGCACCCAGCACAGGAUUGAGAUACGUUGGUGGUGUUGAUAUAAGCUUCUCAAAGGAUGAUCCAUCAAGAGCGUGUGGCACCCUUGUGGUGUUGGACUUUCACACCCUGCAAGUUGUUUAUGAGGACUUCUCCUUGGUCACUCUUGAGGUCCCUUAUGUGCCUGGUUUCCUUGCAUUUAGAGAGGCCCCAGUUCUUCUAGAUAUCCUGGAGAAAAUGAAAAGGAGUGAUAAUCCUUUCUACCCUCAGUUGAUAAUGGUCGAUGGGAACGGAAUACUUCAUCCCAGAGGGUUUGGCCUAGCCUGUCAUAUUGGAGUUAUGGCCAACCUACCAACAAUUGGCAUUGGAAAGAAUUUGCAUCAUGUGGAUGGUCUUGAUCAAUCUACAGUGAGAAAGCUUCUUGGAGCCAAAGAAAAUUCAUCUAAAGAUUUUAUUACUUUGGUGGGUUGUUCCGGGCAUAUAUGGGGAGCGGCCAUGAGAGCUACACAGGGAUCCAUAAAGCCAAUAUUUAUAUCAAUCGGUCACAGGAUAUCACUUCAAACUGCCAUUACGAUUGUUCAGAUGACUUGCAAGUAUCGUGUGCCUGAGCUGAUUCGGCAGGCUGAUAUAAGAUCUAGAGAUUACAUUCGGAAGUUUGAAAUGAAUGCGAAAGUGAAGUAAUUUAACUGAUAUGGGCUUCCAUGGACUCAGAAUCUCCCAUCCCUUGUUGUAAUUAUAUUUAAACUAUUCAUGUAAAAGAGUGAUGACAUUAUAUGCAACCAGGUAACAAUCUGUGUAGUGUACUAGCAGAGUUGUCAUGUAAAAGAGUGACAUAAAGAUAUUUACUUGUAUGCUCGAAGCGUAAUUUAUUUGGCAUAAAGAUAUUUAAUAUUAAUUUCAAAUUUGUUAGUACUAUCA